UCAAACUUAUAGAACCGUCAUCUAGGCCGUCGUCCCUAUAAUGAAACCCGAUGCUCAUAUACCAAGUACGCAUAGCAACAAUAUCAAGUAAUUUACUUUCUAUCUAAAUUUCUUAUUUGUUGUUAGGAAGUAUACCCCACCUGGCGCUACCCCAAGACAUCGUGAACAAAGGAAGGUUCAAUUUAUGUAUACCUGUAACCCCAAGAAAUUUAUUUCACCAUUCUUUCCGCAACUGCAUAAUCCCCCCCCCCCCCCCAAUUACUAGGUCGCAUCGUAUUAUCCAUUACGUAUCUUUAGGCGCCAUGAAGCCCUUUCAACGAUUAUACCAACCUGCCGUGGAAGACACCGGGGAAGUAGAAGACAGAGAGAGGUACCGGCCGGGUGGAUAUCACCCAAUUCAUUUCAAUGAUAACCUGGGACACAACGAACGAUUUAAUGUCAUCCAUAAACUCGGGUGGGGUGUGAGCUCUACUGUGUGGCUAUGUUUCGAUAAAGAGUCUGGGUACUACAGAUCAGUCAAGGUUAUGACUGCAGACGAAUCAGCAGAAGACUGUCCAGAACUUCGCAUAAUGAAAGCCUUGGGCGGUAUAAGCCACCAAGAACUCCAAGAUAACCAUAUUAUUAUACCGCAUGAAUACUUCUGGAUCCAGGGGCCCAAUGGUCGCCAUCUUUGUCUAGUUUCGGACCUCCUUGGCCCAAGCUUAUUUAGGAAUUCACCUCUCGGCACCGGACUCCACACCCCGGAGAUAUUAACAAACUUAACGUAUCAGGUCAGUAAGGGGCUACAGUAUCUUCAUAAGAAAGGAAUUUGCCACGGAGACCUAAGGCCAAGCAACAUACUUAUGCAGUUACAUCAGUAUAGUUUGAUGGAAUUACCUGAUAGUCGGCUCUAUAGAUACCUUGGGCCACGAGAAUGUGAGACUCUUUAUCCACGGAAUGAGAAUACUGCUUCGCAUCAUGGACCUAGGUACUUGGCACUGCCCGCUUCGUUAGACAAAUUAGAAACGAAAUGUCGAACCAGUCAAGUAGCUCUUGUCGACUUCGCCCAUAGUUUUUAUAACUCCAGUCUCACAAGACCUUCUCGAUGGCAUAGGCAGUAUGCUGGACCAGAACUCUUGUUUACGAAAACCCCAAGCGGAUUUCCCCAAGAUAUUUGGGGUUUGGCUUGUACGAUUUAUGAAGUUAAACUUCAAACACAACUCUUUAGUGAAUAUGAGGACUACAGUUCCCUGAUACGCCAGAUGGAAUCAUGGUUUGGGCCUUUGCCAGUAGAAUAUCGACAGACUGCAAGCGCUCAUUUAGAGAGAGACAGAAAACAGCACUUGAUAUCGUCUAGUGGAAAGCAACCCUCGAGCAACAAAACAUCAAUAUCUGAGGAUAGAUUAUCCGAUCUAGAUCAACUGCUUUCGUUAUCCCCAGAUGAAGAAAAGAGAGCAAGAGAUUUAUUUACAGAGGGAACUAGCUGGUCAAAUCCGUUACAAGCAGCAUUAGGUGAAGAGCAGAUAUGUUAUAUAUAUGAAAGGAACGAUGCAGACUAUACCUCAUCAGACAACACGGACACUGAUUUUAGUAGUUCAGAUGCUGUGGGUCGAGAUUGGUCUUCAGAAGACGAAGGAUCUCAUGUGGACACAAAUACCCAAUUGGAAAUUGAUAUCCAGGGUAUCGAGAAUCAAGACCUAGUGUCAGAAGAUUCGGAUGAGAGGAACGAAGAGUCGAAUUCGCCAUCGUUACCGAUACCUAAUAUCUUUGUGGAUCUAAUAGGGCAAUCUCGAGACGAGCAAGGCUUCCCUGAAAAGGUACCACAGGUUGAAACGAAAGAAGCGUCCCAAGAACUCCAGUCUAACGAAAAUGACAACAAUCAAACUAAGACUCCAUCGAGUCCUAAAGAGUCCUUAGGGAAGGAAAAUACUAGCGAAGACAGGCAGGAAAGAGAAGCGAAACGUCAACGCACGGACAAAAACUCAGCGGAAAAGGGGGGCGAAUUAGUGAAGCGGGUAGUUCGAAUGCCUAGAGCGGAAGUGCUACUGCUGUCGGAUCUUCUAAUGAAUAUGUUUAAACACGAUCCGAAGGAGCGUAUCGAUAUCGACGCUGUCGUCAAUCAUGAGUAUUGGGGCGAUAAAAGAAAUCACUGGCCUGUCAAGAAUGAAGACCUUGGUGAAGGAAUCCCCGAUCCUAUAUCCUCGAGGACUCGCAGCCGGGCCUCAAAGCCUCAACAACAAGCGGAGCCCGGUUCUCCAUAGACAAUCGCCCAGGUGCCAUUAGGCCAACUUUCCGAAUCAUUUCUAUUCCUUAUUUACAAAAUUCUGGGGAGAGUCCUGGUAUUAGGAAGAGUGAAUAUCUCUGCUCUUGGGUCUAGAAUUUUUGUUGGGGUUGACUGUUGGCUUAAGCGGAGGAAACGUGCAUUUUUUGGAGCAGUUAGAAGUACCAUAGCACCGUAGUCGUAUUUCCGGAUCUUCGGGUCCAACUAACUUUUUAAUGUUUACCAACCCGGUGGCGCAGACAAAUAUCGUAUCUAUUUGUGUAGCACGUUUUCGUACUACACUGUUAUACGAGGCUAUUGGUGCCAAGGUGAGUACCUAUCACAAGGCAUUUUUAAGACAUUCCCUAGGUAAGGCGUCGUGUUAUACUACGAAAAACUCUUAAGAAAAAUAAUGCAAUCCAUCUACGCCCUGGUGGCCACCCCAGCCAGGUUUUCUGAAAGUACGACAUCGAGCAUCUAGGUAACUAAGGAUUAGAUAUAGGUAGUUUCCUUAGGUUAGGCAAACACAUAACAAUAGCAAGCUUAAGAGAAAUUAGCUUAAUGAAAGUCCUAGGCCGCAACGUGAUAUUAAGCUAGGUAGACUUC